AUGCCUAAAAAUGACUUAGUGAAAACAAUGCUGGCUGGCCUAGCAGCAAUUGCCAAGCUGACUGGAGCUGUGGAAUACUUCCAAAUGCCCCAAAAUGGACUGAAAAUGCACACCCAGCCCGGGGUUCAUACCGAGCUGGCUGGAGCUGGGGAAUACUUCAAAAUGCCUCAAGAUACCGGCCAAGUGGAUCUUGUUAAUGUUGUGAGGGUUUGA